UUAGUUCGCUAUAUAGUCAAUAGCGCUUAUUAUAUUUCGCGUGUGGACUAUUGUCUUUUUGUGUGUAUAGUCGUCAUACUUCAAACAGUGUUAUCGCUGUAGUGACACACGAUUCACCUUCAAGGGUGUGGACAAAAAAUUUCAUACGAUUCAUAGAAAAUCGGAUAAAAAUGACGGCUCCAAACUUUACGAACAUCGGUUUCGGCAACAUGGGUCCAUCAGCCGCUGCUGCAUGCACUUCACAAAUAGAAAUGACGCUCAGUUGUCGGAAUCUGACUAAUAUGGAUGUCAUGUCAAAAUCCGAUCCGUUCUGCAUUGUUUUCAUGAAGGAAUCACACCAAGAUCGAUAUUUCGAGGUCGGUCGCACCGAACCGAUAGAUGACAAUCUGAGUCCGGAAUGGGUGAAAAAAUUCAUUUUGAAUUACAAUUUCGAGACGAUCCAAAAAAUUCGCUUUGAAGUGUGGGACAAAGAUCCUUCCGGAACCGAUUUCAUUGGUGAAUAUGAAUCGACCAUGGCCGAGAUUGUAUCGUACAGUGGUCGUCAAUUCGUCAGUAAAUUAAAGGAUAAAAAAUCAAACAUCGCCGGUCACAUUGUCAUUGUGACCGAAGAAGUGUCGAGCUGCAAGGAAAUCAUUCAAAUGACAUUUCGUGCCACCAAUCUGCAGAAGCAAUUCUUCUUCGUUCGAAAUGAUCCGUUCCUGGUGUUCUCCCGUUCGAAUGAAGACGGCUCGUAUUCGGUGGUGCUGAAAACGGAAGUCGUGAGUUCGACCCAGAAUCCGCGCUGGAAGCCAUUGACAAUCAGAGGCAGAACCCUGUGUAACGGUGACAAUGACAGAACAAUCAAAAUCGAUUGCUUUGACAGUCGGAACGACGGUGACCAUAAGCUAAUCGGUACGUGUCAAACGUCUCUGCGUACGUUAAAGAAGGGAGCAGGCCGAGUCGGCGAAGACAACCAAUAUCUUCUUCGAAAAACUAUGAACAGUAAAGAGCAUACGGGUAUGUUGGAGCUGAUGAAUAUUGUUGUAACUGAGGAGAUUUCGUUUUUGGAUUACAUUCGCGGAGGAACACAGAUGCAUUUUGCCGUUGCUAUUGAUUUUACUGCCUCGAAUGGAUCUCCGGGGGAUCCGCGAUCACUGCAUUUCAUGAGCAAUGUCCCCAACAGCUACGAGAUUGCGUUGAGGAGUGUCGGUGAAAUCAUACAGAGCUAUGACACGUCGCAGAUGUAUCCGGCUUUUGGUUUCGGAGCCAAACUACCACCAACGGGAAAUGUGUCACACCAAUUCCCAUUGAACGGCAAACCAUCCAAUCCGUUCUGCACCAGCAUCCAAGAAAUUUUGGCCCAUUACCGUACCACACUGACCAAAGUGCAACUCUACGGACCAACCAACUUCUCACCGGUGAUUCUCAACACCAUCGAAAUAUCAAAACAAUACCAGGACGGCAAGCAUUACUUCGUGCUGCUCAUCAUCACCGACGGCAUAAUAUCCGACAUGCAUCCGACCAUCCGUGCAAUCAUAAACGCAUCCAAGCUACCGAUUUCGAUCAUCAUCGUUGGUGUGGGAAGCGCCGACUUUGGUGCAAUGGACGAAUUGGAUGCUGAUGACAAGCGAUUGAAUUUGGACGGUCAAUUUGCCGACCGAGACAUUGUGCAGUUUGUGCCGUUGAAUCGUUUUCUGGUCGAAACGGGGUCGUUUGUAAAAUCUCAGGCGGAUUUGGCGAGAGCAGUGCUGGCUGAAAUUCCAGACCAAAUGGUUGGUUACAUGAAAUCGAAAGGAUUUAAACCGCAGCCGACUGCAGGUCCAACAGGUGUGCCAUCUGCACCGAUAAGUUAAUUUAAACGUUUAGUGGUUGGUGUUGAUGUUUUUCUUUAGUUUAACAAGUAUCAGGGAUGACACAGGGGCUAAUAUUGGGGGAUGAAUUGCCUAAAUUCCAGAAAAUUCUCUAAAAUUCCCACAACAACAAAAAUUCAGAGGAAUUGAGAGAAUUUUUAGCGAAUUCGUUCUCAAAUAUUGGUCACUGGAUGACUGUGUUCUUAAGUGUUUGAUAUUUACUAUAACGCUAACGUGCAAAUUUAUAUAUUUUUUUACAAAAAAGCCUUUUGGGCCACUUGCUCUAAAAGCUUCUAUUUUUCAUAUAAAGUUUUCUCUAUUACAAAAAACAAAAAUUCUUAAAAUAUUCGUUACAAACGAUGUCCAAGCCUUAUUGAACUUACAAAAUUUAUGGAAAUUUUACGUCUGAUUGGUCUGAUAAAAAACCGUAAAUGGAUAAGUGCAUA